GAGACGUGGUCUGUUAGGAGGGCACCCCUUGAGCCCCUUGGUCCGGCCAAGGCCACUCUGAUUCGUGGGUCAGGACUUGGUCUCUGCGUGGUCAGCCAGGAAAUUGGAGCCUGUCAUCGCAUCAGUCACCUGCGCAGCCUGUCACCACAUCAGUUACCUGAUCAGCUUUCACACCUCAGUCACCAGUGACCCGCUACCUUGUUUCUUCUGAACCACACAGUUGUGAUGUCAGAGCCAGCGCGGUAAAGGGCCUCUCCCGUCCCCGGAACUGUUGCUGCUGUUACAAAUGGGGCUGCCAGCACCCGCCAGGCUGCUCAGCUCCUCUUGCUCCUUGGAGAAGACGCUGCGGUGCAGCUGCUCCUUCUACGGGGUCCCCACUCCGUCCGUGCAGUGGUGGAUCGGAGGUGCCCCAGUGGGCGUGAAUGCUGUAGACGGCAGCCUCCAGGUGACCUCUGCCACACAUGGGCCCUGGGCCAACAGCACCAUCCUCCUGUCCAAGGAGCCAGCAAUGGGAACGCGCCUUCUCUGUGAGGGCAAGAACCAAAAUGGAACCCACGCUUUGAGCAUCCUGCUGAUGUCAAGGAGGAGCCCUUUGGCUCCUGAGACCUUCCUGAAAGGGCUGGUACGUGGUGCUGUUUAUGGAUCCAUGGCAAUCACGCUGCUCUUCUUCUGCAUUCUCUUCCCCCUCAUGGUGAAGGAUAUCAGAAUGAAGUGGGCAAAGAAAAUUGCAGUCAUCGAAGCACAAAAGAGCCCUAAAGUCAGAGCAGGCCAAGAAUCCAAGAUGCUUCUGAUGCUUGAGGAGCCAGGGAAGUCCACAACCAUCCCGUCCUCGGAGGGCCAGAUCUCG